AUGGUUGAUAAAAAGUUCCGAUCGCUAAUUGACUCGUGGAUAUCUGCUGCACUUUUGUUUAACGUUCAAGAACUUGAAAUAUUUGUCUCAAUUCGACAUUAUGCAAUAAAUUGUCCCGGAAUUUUAACGUGCAAAACCUUAGUUUCUCUGCGACUACUGGUGGAUUCAGAAGUCCCCAGUUUAGUGGUUUUACCAAAUCUUAAGGUGCUUCACAUGUCGUUAAAGGGACAAGUUGUUGAUUCUGUUCGAAGGCUUAUUCAAGGUUGCCCUCUGCUUGAAGAACUGGAUGUAGCAUUAGACUUACAAUCUGUGGAGGAUGAGGAGACUAAUGAUGCUGAAGCUGAUGUAGUUGAUUUCAGUGGUCCUUCGAUCAAAAGAUUGAGAAUUGAACUGUGGGGAGGUGAGUGUACUGUUCUUGUGGAUUCAGGUGUUCUGGAACAUUUGGCAUAUGAUGCUCCUAGACAUGAUGGCGAGCAUCAGGUCAUCUUCAAUGUCCCAAACCUUACACAUUUUUCCUACUCUGCACCUGCAAUUGGAGUUAAUUUCAUUCAAAACCUAAACUCUCUUGUUGAAGCUAGUAUAGGAGCUGGAUUGUGCAAGGAUCAACUAAACAGUCGUGAUGCUAUUGAUCAUCUUAUAAGGGUGAAAACAGUGAAAUCACUUUCCUUAAGACAGGACAUUCUGGAGGAUGUCAUAUAUUCAGAUGAUAAAUCCUUAUUGCUCUGGUUCAUUUCCAUGAAGGCUCUCUAUGAUUCCCAAGAUUUCCUGCCGAUUUUCAAGAAUUUGACGAGCCUGACGCUUGUAUGCAGCUGCAAUCCUGAUGAAACUGACCAUAUCCUUUCUUGGAAAGCGUUAGCUAGCUUAUUUGGGAAGGCCCCUAGCCUUGAGGCUCUCACUUUUUGGAAGGUGUGUUUGGGCAAUGUCAUUGAGAACGAAGAAUUGGAGUGCUUGUUUUCAGAGGCUCUCCCCAUAUGCUUCAUCAAACUUCUGAAGGAAAUUGAAUUUAAGUUUCUUUACAAGGAGGAAGAAGAAUGUCAAUUGAAGCUGAUUGAGUAUCUUUUGAAAAAUGGGAAAGCUCUAAAGAAGAUGACUGUUGGUCAUUUUCUGAUGCCUUCAGUUUGUAGAAGAAUAUUGUCAUUCAAGAGAGGCUCUGAAGAUUGUGAAAUCGUAUUAGACGAAGCCAAGAAGAAUUUUGGCGAUAUCUGUGAUGAUCUCCAAGAAACGUUAAGGAAGGGAUAG